AUGGAUUCAUCUCCGAGUCAUGAAUUUUGUGCUAAUGAAAAAGAAGAUAAUGAUAAUUCAUUAAAAUCAAUUUCAAAUCAAGGAUUGGAUGAAAUAUUAGCACCUACGUCAAUAUAUAAUUCGAAUGAAACGUCGUCAGGUACAAAUCUAUCAUCGUUUACAAACGAUAUCAAAUUUGAACCUGAUGUAGAAUUUUCAAAAAAUGAUAAACAUAAAAAAAAAGAAUUUAAAAGUAAAAAAGAAUUGGAAGAAGAAGAAAGAGAAAAAAUGCAAGUUUUAGUAUCAAAUUUUACAGAAGAACAAUUAGAUAGGUAUGAAAUGUACAGACGUUCUGCAUUUCCAAAAGCAGCUAUAAAAAGGCUGAUGCAAACAAUAACCGGUUGUUCAGUUUCGCAAAAUGCCGUUAUUGCAAUGUCUGGAAUAGCUAAAGUUUUUGUCGGUGAAGUCGUAGAAGAAGCUCUUGAUGUUAUGGAGGAGCAAGAUGAAUUAGGUCCUGUUCAGCCGAAACAUUUAAGAGAAGCAGUUAGAAGACUAAGAGUUGCCAGAAAUUUUCCAAUUAGUAAAAAUGAAAAAAGACUAUUUUAA